AUGGUGCAGAUGAGAGCGGAUGAUGUUUAUGGGAUGGAGCGCGCGCAUUUAAAGGCUGCGCGUGUUUCGGUGAGAGAUUUGGAAAUCCGAAGCGCGUUCACUGCAGUCAUGUCUAUGGAUCGCAAUGAGGAUUUUAUCAGCGAGAGCAGAGAGGUUUCAAGCAACAUUUCUAUGAACUCACCAGAACUUCUGAAUGGCCAGUCUUCUCCGUCUGCCCAAGCAAUGGCAUCUGAUGCUCUCCAAGGCAAAGCAGUUUGCACAAGGUGUAGAGAAGACAUCCUAGACCGGUAUCUCCUGAAGGUCAAUGGCUUGUGCUGGCACGUGCAAUGCCUGUCGUGCAGUGUGUGCCAAACCACUUUGAGCGGACACAUAACAUGCUACGUUAGAGAGCGAGAGGUCUUCUGCAAACUAGAUUACAUCAGGAGGUAUCAAACAUGGUGCUCGUGCUGCGGUGAAGCGGUUCGCUCCACAGACUGGGUACGCAGGGCGAAGGGAAACGUUUACCACCUGGCGUGCUUUUUGUGCUUCUCUUGCAAGAGGCAGCUGUCCACAGGCGAGGAGUUUGCUUUGGUAGGACAAAAAUUGUUGUGUCGAGUUCAUUACGACAGCAUGCUGGACAAACUCAAAGGUGCUGCUGAAAAAGGAAAAAACGUCUCUCCUGAAGGCGUGUUGCAUACAGGAUAUGAAAUAAACCAAAAACCAUCUAAAAGAGCACGUACCAGUUUCACUUCAGACCAACUACAGGUUAUGCAGGCCCAGUUCGCUCAGGACAAUAACCCAGACGCACAGACACUUCAGAGGCUUGCAGAACAGAUCGGCCUUAGCCGGCGCGUCAUUCAGGUCUGGUUUCAGAACUGUCGCGCCCGUCAUAAGAAGCACAUUUCUCCUCCUCGUUCAGCAGAACUGACAGGAGACACGUCUUCACUCCAGUCUGUGUCCAUCUUAAGUGAGCGGCGCUAUUCACACGCUUCCUUGCUUACAGCACUGCACAGCACCUGCAUUGAUGUUCACACACCAUCAUCUCUACUCUACGAGCCAAUACCAUCUUAUAAAUCAACGCAUCUACCAAUCAGCAGCAGCUAAACGCUUUACAGUUCAAUUGUAACUAUAUUUAUACCGCAGAUACGCUAUGUAUUCAUUUAGGUUUUCAUUAUUGUGUUUUGUUCAUAUCCCAAGUGGUUUAACUAAAAAU